AUGAAGUUCGCUAAAGAGCUCGACCGCGAGCUCGUUCCCGAAUGGAGAGUCAAGUACCUCAACUACAAACUCGGCAAGAAGCACGUUAAGGCCGUAACCAAGGCCAUAGUCCGCGCCAACAGCACCCCUCGCAACUUCAAUUACCGCUCCGGUCCUAGUCCUGGAACAUGGACUCACACGCGCCCCCAGCGCACUCCCGUUGCCACGAGGACCGAACCGGCUACCAUCUCCGAGCGAGCCGAUGAGAGCGACGAGAACGUUUCACCGUGCACCACUCCCAUCGGCACCGCGCCGCGCUCCGUCACACGACCGAUCCCCACGCGACGGCCCAACGAAACCGACCUUUUGACGAACUCCCCCGGCUUCGAGACCCAAUAUGGUAGCUUUGUACCCACCCCCGGUUACUUGUCGCCGGCCCCCGACGCCGAGGACUCGAAUCCCUUCGAGCUGCCCGCCCCUGCGCUCAAGGAGGCUCUGAGCACCUCCGUCCCGCCAGGAUAUAGCAGUCGCAGGUGGAAGGGUUCACUAGCGCACGCUGGUACGUGGGCCUCAUCACUCUUGCGCACUCACUCCACCGGCGUCGAUAUUCCCAAUGGGCUCCGCGCCGAGCCUACUACCGGCCCCGGUACCGGCCCCGGCGCUACACCCACGACCGUCGCGACGGCUACACCUUCCCCUCAUCCGCUCCAGCGCCUCUUCUCCACAACGUCCAUACGAGUCCGCCCCGGCCGAUCCCCCGCCGAUAUAUCCCUGCAGAACCUAGACUUGGUGCGCGAGAAGCAGCAAGAAUUCUACAACUUCCUCGAUGCAGAACUCGAAAAGGUCGAAAAGUUUUACCGUUUCAAGGAGGAUCAGGCCGGCAAGCGUCUCGAGGUUCUUAGAGAGCAACUACGCGAAAUGCGCAACCGCCGCAUCCACGAGAUAGCCAACGCUAAAGCCAAGGCGAAGUCGCGGUCGAAGGUAGCCUCCGACGAAGAAGGCAAGGAUCUUCUUCUGGGUAUCAAUGGGAGCAAGUGGAUAAACCCGAUAAAGUCUAAGAUGGUGCGACCUGGACCCAACUCCAAGGCUCUGCAGAAGAUGGCGCAAACACCUGUCGUUGGGCCGCAGUCGGCAGAUGCGCGCCGGGACUACAUUCGCCGUCCCGAUGACCGCGUGGUUCCGUACCGCUCGGCGAAGCGGAAGCUCAAACUCGCGCUGCAAGAAUUCUAUCGCAGUCUCGAGCUGCUCAAGUCGUAUGCCCUGCUGAACCGCACGGCGUUCCGAAAGCUCAACAAGAAGUACGACAAGGCUGUCCGCGCGAGACCCCCGUACCGAUACCUCAACGAGAAGGUUAACAACUCGUAUUUUGUUACGAGCGACGUUCUGGACACCUACAUCCAAACGGUCGAGGACCUGUACGCCCGUUACUUUGAAAAGGGCAAUCGCAAGAUCGCAGCGGGUAAGCUCCGCAGUCUUACACGACCCCGUGGUAACAAGUCGGGGAGCGCUUUCCGUUGCGGCAUACUUAUCGGCACCGGCCUUGUCUUCUCCGUCCAGGGUCUGUCGUUCGGCGUCAAACUACUGCUAGACGAGGAUACUGGCUUUACGCUGCGGCAGCAGACUAGUUACCUGCUGCAGAUCUACGCCGGUUAUUUUCUCAUGCUCUACCUCUUUCUGCUCUUCUGCCUCGACUGCCGUUUCUGGCACAAGUACAAGAUCAACUACCCCUUCAUUUUCGAGUUCGACCCUCGCCAUCAGCUGGACUGGAAACAACUUUCCGAGUUUCCCAGCUUUUUCCUAUUUGUGUUUGGAAUAUUUAUGUGGUUGAACUUUAGCCAAUAUGGCUCGCCGAAUAUGUAUCUUUACUAUCCCGUGGUGAUGAUCUUCGCUUCUGUAGCCAUCAUCUUUAUGCCGUUGCGGACUUUUAUGUUGAAGAGCCGCAACUGGUUUGUGUAUUCUCACUGGAGGUUAUUGUUGGCUGGCUUCUACCCUGUCGAGUUUAGGGACUUCUUCCUCGGUGACAUGUAUUGCUCGCUCACCUAUGCGACCUGUAACGUCGAGCUCUUCUUCUGCCUGUACGCCAACCACUGGGAGAACCCCGUGCAAUGCAACUCGAACCACUCGCGCCUCCUCGGCUUCCUCUCCGCACUGCCGCCGAUCUGGCGUUUCCUGCAGUGCCUCCGCCGUUAUCGUGACACGAAGAACAUCUUCCCCCACCUCGUCAACGGCGGGAAGUACACCAUGUCCAUCAUCGCCGCUGUGAUGCUAUCUCUCUACCGCAUUACACCUUCUCGGGCUACCUUGGCGUUGUUUAUCACAUUUUCGAUCGCCAACUCCAUCUACUGCUCCAUCUGGGAUCUGUUCAUGGACUUUUCCCUUCUCCAACCCGGCGCCCCCAGAUUCCUCCUCCGCGACAUAAGGGCCCUCAAGUCUCGCAGCGUCUACUACAUCAUCAUGCUACUCGAUCCCAUCCUCCGCUUCUCCUGGGUCGCCCUCGCCAUCUGGACCCACAGCACCCAACACUCCACCGUCGUCUCCUUCGCCGUCGCCUUCUUCGAGGUCACCCGCCGCGGCAUGUGGGCCCUCAUCCGCGUUGAGAACGAACACUGCGCCAACGUGGCGCAGUACAAGGCGUCUCGCGACGUGCCCCUCCCGUACCGCUUCGUGACAACCGACGAGGAGACGACCACUGCGGCGGCUGAGGCUGCUGCCGCCGCCGCCGAAGCUGCCGCAGAGGAAGGGGGAACGUCACCUCUUGUUGGUGCGGAUGGUGUGGUGGAUGAGGAGGGGAGGGCUGGGAGGGUGUAUAGGGUUGAUACGGCGAGGUCGUUUUCGAGGAUGUUGGCUGAUGCGCAUACGCAGGACUUCGAGAAGAGGAGGAAGAUUGAGGGGGUGGUGGGGGUAGAUGAGGAGGAUGAAGAGGAAGAAGAAGAAGAAGAAGAGGAAGAGGAGGAGGAGGAGAUGCGGAGUGAUGAGGAGAAUAGCCGGAAGGGCGAGGGGAGCAGUCGUGGUGGGAAAUGA